AUGAGCGCAGAAGCCGAGCGCAGGCCGGCGCAGGCCGGCGAGGCGCUGGCGGCGGAUAUCGCGGGGCGCGCUGGCAGGCGCGACGCGAGCGGAGCGAUCGCGCUGGCCGCAGCGAUGAGCGCGAGCAGGACACAGUACCGCAGAGAGAUGGACGAGUGGCCUUCCCUCGCGCAGUCCGCGCUGACCUCGAAGCACGACGACGGAUGCCCUUUAAAGCCGGUCGCGGGCAGCGAGGGCCUGCAGGAGUUCAUCUGCGCCGUCUCAACUGGCAGCUGA